AUGGUGUCAGAAGCUGAAGCUGGAACAGAGUCUGACAAAGGAUUUUGUGCUGCUUUCAACAGCAAGCAGCUCCAUGGGGAGGUAGUUUGGAAAUUACAUGGAACUAGCAAAAUGAAUAAAAAUAAACUGUUUCAUGAUUUCCUGGAAGUAGUUUCAAGAGGUGAUGUGGAACUCAUUUGUGACCAUAUACUAUUAUAUCCAAAGACUGGGAAUACACCUCUCAUUACUGCAGCAGAAGAAAAUCUCAUAGAGGUUGUUGGAUUUCUUCUGAAAAAUGGAGUAGAUAUCACCCUUUGCAAUUACAGAAAUCAAACUGCGGUCCAUGUGGCUAACUGCGAUGUCCAAAGGCAACUCUUGGCCAUCAAUGGAAUCCAGGUUCCCCAAAUGCAACUUCUACAAAGUUCAUGGCAAGAUGACCUUGAACAACUUCAGCACUUGCUGGAGUUUGACCAAGAUGAUGUCUGCACUCAUUCCAUAUUGAUUAGUGAAAAAGGAGAUCCAAGUGGUGAUGGACAAGACUGGCAACCCAGGACAGAAGGAGCCAUUAACUUUUCACAGUGUCUAAAAAGUCAGAUAACCUCAGUGUAUCAGGAAUGGGUACCAGAACAUUCUGUUUCACUUCCAAAUGAAAUUGAGAUGGUAGGCUCCAGGACAAAGAUGGUGACCAGGCAGCCUUUACUCCUGAGGAAAGAGGAACAUUACCAGGAGCUCUGCAAUGUGAACUUGGGCUUUUUGUUGCCAAGACCUUGCUUAGAACCGAACAUCUCCAAGUCUGUAGCCAGAGAAGAUGUUCCUCACUUUCUGAAGGGGCAGCCAAGAAAAUCUGAAGGACAGUCUUUGGUGUCCUUUGAGAAUUUCAAGGAAGGCAAUUUUCCUACAGAUAGGGAAGUGGAUAUUGACUGCCAUGGUGCUGAACUGAGAAGAGCAGAAGAGAACACUCAAUCUCUUUCAUCAGGAAAGAAAGAGGGUUCAGUAGCCAGAAACUAUGAACAAGAUUCAGAAGCUGGAUAUAUCAAACCAGUCAAGCUCCAAGAAACCCUGCAUUCAGAAAUAACUCUAAGCCAGGAGGAAGGGACUAGAAAUGAUAAAGCUGAUUCAAAAACUGCUUCAGCACAUAAAGGGGAAGUAAUUGAGCCAAAUCAUAUUUCAGAAGAGUAUACUGUUCUUAAAAGUUUGUCCAAUAUAGUUCCUCAUGACCCCAUUGAAAAGCUCCCAGAAGAUCACAGACAUGAAGUUCAGCCCAUGAACAUGGUUCAGACUCAUGAGCAGUCCAUCGAACAGAACGAAUUCCUUCCUGUCUCAGAUUUGUCCAUUGUUGAGGAAAUCUCUACGGAAGAGUCUGCUGACGAAGGAGACAUUUCUAGCAAUCAGAUACUUGCCACAAGCCUCAGAGAUCUGCAUGAACUCGAAGAGCAACAUCACCAAACCCCAUUUGUCCUUUCAGAAAACAGCUGA